UGGUUUAAUUAUAGUUAUUUAUUAGUCUAUUUUUGUAAAAAUACAAUGCUUUAUUUAAUUUCAUAUCAGUGGGCGGAUAAUGUUGGAUAAAAUCGGACUUUUUUCUGAACGUAGCGGAUAUUUGGCAUUGACGCGUCCAACAACACUGGUGUGCUUACACCGCGAAAAAAUAACACCAACAAAACGAUCAAAACAUUGUAGGUUAGGUGAAGAGUAAAUUGUGAAUUGUUUUAGAAAGAAAUUUGUAAAUAUGUCUAACAAGAGGAAACCUGAUAGUCAAGUACCCGCAGAAGAGAGUGAUCAACUUAUAAUAAUGCCUUUAGGUGCAGGCCAAGAAGUAGGGAGAUCAUGUAUUAUGAUAGAAUUCAAAGGAAAGAAAAUUAUGCUUGACUGUGGUAUUCAUCCUGGAUUAUCUGGUAUGGAUGCACUACCUUUUGUAGAUUUAAUCGAGGCUGAUGAAAUUGAUCUACUUCUGAUUUCACAUUUUCAUUUAGAUCAUUGUGGAGCAUUGCCUUGGUUUUUACAAAAAACUAGUUUUAAAGGAAGAUGCUUCAUGACACAUGCCACAAAAGCAAUUUAUAGAUGGUUACUUUCAGAUUACAUUAAAGUUAGCAAUAUUGCUACAGAACAAAUGUUAUAUACUGAGGCAGAUUUAGAAGCAAGCAUGGAUAAAAUAGAAACAAUAAACUUCCAUGAAGAAAAAGAUGUAUUUGGUAUCAAAUUUUGGGCUUAUAAUGCAGGACAUGUCUUGGGGGCUGCAAUGUUUAUGAUUGAAAUUGCUGGAGUCAAAAUCUUAUAUACUGGGGAUUUUUCUCGUCAAGAAGAUCGACAUUUAAUGGCGGCAGAAAUCCCAACUGUCCAUCCAGAUGUUUUAAUAACGGAAUCAACAUAUGGAACUCACAUUCAUGAAAAAAGAGAAGAUCGAGAAAGUCGGUUCACAAAUUUAGUACAUGAUAUUGUAAAUCGAGGUGGAAGAUGUUUGAUACCAGUUUUUGCCCUUGGUAGAGCUCAAGAGUUAUUAUUAAUUUUAGAUGAAUACUGGAGUCAACAUCCUGAACUGCACGAUAUUCCGAUAUAUUACGCAUCAUCUUUGGCAAAAAAAUGUAUGGCAGUGUAUCAGACUUACAUAAAUGCAAUGAAUGAUAAAAUUAGGCGACAAAUAGCGAUUAAUAAUCCGUUUGUUUUCAAACAUAUUUCAAAUUUAAAGGGAAUUGAUCACUUUGAAGACAUAGGUCCAUGUGUAGUAAUGGCAUCACCAGGUAUGAUGCAAAGCGGUCUCUCUCGUGAGCUGUUUGAAUCAUGGUGUACAGAUGCCAAAAAUGGAGUGAUCAUUGCAGGUUAUUGUGUGGAAGGAACGUUGGCAAAAACUAUUUUGUCUGAACCUGAAGAAAUAACGACUAUGGUAGGACAGAAAUUACCUCUAAAAAUGUCUGUAGAUUAUAUUUCAUUUUCAGCUCAUACGGACUACCAACAAACAAGCGAAUUUAUACGUAUUUUAAAGCCGCCCCAUGUGGUUUUAGUUCAUGGAGAACAAAAUGAAAUGAAUCGUUUAAAAGCAGCUUUACAACGUGAAUAUGAGGACGACCCAAACACAACCAUUCAUUUACACAAUCCGAGAAAUACGCAUGCAGUAGAAUUAUAUUUCAGGGGAGAAAAAACAGCUAAAGUAAUGGGAAAUCUAGCUAUAGAUGAACCUAAGCCGGGAAGAACUUUGUCAGGAAUUUUAGUUAAAAGAAAUUUCAAUUAUCAUAUACUAUCUGCAGAUGAUUUGUCAAAAUAUACAGAUCUCAGUAUGAGCCAGAUAAUGCAGAGGCAGAGUAUACAUUAUUCUGGUAAUAUGGGCGCCCUGCGUUAUCUUAUAUCACAAGUAGCUGGUUUGCUUGAAUCUAUAGAUACUGACAAAAAAAUGAGAGCUUUCAAUGCCAUCGACAUUACACUUGACCAUAAAAUAGUUACAUUGGAGUGGGUUGCUAAUCCCGUAAAUGAUAUGUAUGCUGACGCAAUAGUGGCUGCUAUCCUACAGGCAGAUUUACUGGAGGUUCCAAUAAAGAACAUGUCAACAUCGGUUAAAGUCGAUAGAAUGCAUUUUAAGGAAUGUCUUAUUGAAAUGUUGCAAGACAUGUUUGGAGAAGAUUCUGUUCCGAAAAUAUUCAAAGGAGAAAAGCUUUAUGUAACAGUAAAUGACAAACGUGCUGAUAUAGAUUUAUCAAACUUGGAAGUAAAAUGUCCAUCUGAUGAAACAUUUCAACAAAUAGUACACACUGCCGUUACAAAGUUGUACCAGUCUCUAGCACCACCUCAGAUUGACAUGUGAUAUUUUUAAUUAUAAAGUACACAAUAUUGAUUAAAGUUAGUUGUUUUUAUAUGUAA